CCCACCCCCAAGUUGUCAGAGGGGAGGACCCUCAACCGAGGAGCUAUUUGACGACCUAUUCGUCUGUUUAAUUUCGAUCUUCUGUUUAUAACUUUUAUGGAGGACAUGAAACUUCAAUGAAGACUUUUAAGGAUUGCCUUAGCAUUCUUUUUUGCCGAUUAAACUUUCAAGUUGACUUUUUGUGUGUGCAGAAAGUGGACGUCUAGCUCCGUCGUGGACUGAAAGCGGUGUUUUAACGUGGAGCCAUCAAGCUAUGGAUUGUUAAACUUUCUUUUCUUUUCUUUAGCGGCUAGUUGCUUGGGUUUUCAUGUAAGGAGGCGAGCUGCACUUUUGUGUCCCCGCCACAACUCCUGCCUUGCUGGAGAAUAAUUCCUUUGUGUCCUCCAUUGAUCGAUGAUGUCAAAGCAAGAACCUAGAACUCAAACCCGGAUCACUUCGGUCUUUGUGAUGAUUAUGGUCCUUGGCUGCUACGCAGCAGAUGUCCCCGCUGAGGACGGCUUCAAUGCAGAGGCAUGGCUACGUCAGUUUGGCUACCUGUCUCAGGCCAGCAGACAGAUGUCCACCAUGCAGUCCGCUCAGAUCCUGUCCCAAGCCGUCAGUGACAUGCAGCGUUUCUACGGCUUGGAGGUGACUGGGAAGACGGACGCUGCCACCAUCAGAGCCAUGCGUCGACCUCGCUGUGGCCUCCCGGACAAAAAGGCCCACACUGAAGAUGGAGCGAGGAGGAGACGCUACACCCUCACUGGACAACGCUGGGACAAGGACCAGCUCACCUACAGCAUAUUGGAGCAGCACAUCCCGCCCUCCCUGGGAGCAGAGAGGAUGCACGAUGCCAUCCGUCGAGCCUUUGACGUGUGGAGAAAGGUCACGCCGCUCACCUUCCAAAAGUUAACGGCUCCUCAAGGCAACAGCAGCGGGGCCGAGCUCGCCGACAUCCUGCUGUUGUUUGCCUCUGGUUUCCAUGGUGACAUGUCCCUGUUUGACGGCGAGGGGGGCGCGCUGGCCCACGCCUUCUACCCCGGCCCGGGAAUGGGCGGGGACACUCACUUUGAUGCAGACGAACCUUGGACUUUGGACAGUCCAAACAUUCGAGGUGUUGAUAUCUUCUUGGUGGCGGUGCACGAGCUCGGUCACGCUUUAGGUCUGGAGCACUCGGACAAUCCCGACGCCGUCAUGGCUCCCUUCUAUCAGUGGAUUCACACACACAACUUCACGCUGCAUGCUGAUGACAUCCAGGGAAUACAGUACAUAUAUGGUCCUCCUCUCGCCACUCGGGCCCCUCCCAAGUCUCCUCCGUCCUCCGAUGGCUAUCCUGAAGCUGAAUCAACCACCGCUCCUCCCGAGGAUGCCAAACCUGACAUACCCAACCCGACCGAAAGAGCCCCGCGUGUCCCGAGCGAGCCUGAAAUAACACCUGGCACGACUCCCCGCCAUCCCGCCAUCGCCACAACCGCCCAUUCUGAUCCUGUCACCCCGCCCGUCAGGAAAGACGUGCCCCUCCCUCCGCCUACCCGUCGGCUUCCCAAGCAGCCUGACAACGUGGCCCCCGACAUCUGUGACGGCGACUUUGACACAGUCACCUUGCUGAGGGGAGAAAUGUUUGUGUUCAAGGGUCGCUGGUUUUGGCGAGUUCGUCGGAACCGCGUCCUGGACAACUAUCCCAUGCCAAUAUCGGUCUUCUGGGGUGGUCUUCCGAGUGAUAUCGACGCCGCUUAUGAACGCCAUGAUGGCAAAUUUGUCUUCUUCAAAGAUGAUCUAUACUGGAUCUUCAGGGAAGCGGAUUUACUUCCAGGAUACCCACAACCCAUUGGGCAAUAUGGCCAUGGAGUUCCCACGCACAGCAUCGACACAGCAAUCUGGUGGGAGCCAAACGGACACACCUACUUCUUCUCCGACGACAGGUACUGGCGAUACAACGAGGAGACCCGCAAGGCGGAUCGAGACUUCCCAAAACCAAUCGGCAGAUGGGGCAAGAUCCCUCGCUCGCCCAAAGGAGCCUUCCUCAGUGAUGAUGGCGCUUACACUUAUUUCUACAAAGGUGCAAAUUACUGGCGGUUCGACAACCACAAGACCGCGGCAGACAGUGGCUACCCUCGCUCCAUCCUUAAGGACUUCAUGGGCUGCGUGGCCGUCCCCGAGCCUCAACCCGACCCCGAGGCUGAAGACAAGCCCACCGAAUCUUCGGACGAAGGAAAGGAUGAGAACAAAGACGCGGACCAAGGCAAGGACAAAGACACGGAAAACGACGACGAGGCAAAGUCCGCCGGUCCAGGGGAAGGGGCGGACGCCGACGAGGUGGACGUGGUGGUGACUGUGGCCGACGACGACUCCAAAGUCAUGACUCUGAUCAUGGUGGUGGCUCCUCUGGUGCUCAUCUUGGUCAUCCUCGUCUUCAUCUACGCCAUCCUCAGGACUCUGCAGAACAAAGAGACCCCCAGAGCUCUGGUGCACUGCAAGCGCUCGCUGCAGAACUGGGUGUGACACCAACACAAACCAAGAGAGCUUUUUUUGCUUAUUCCAGCAUGGCGAGAAGAUGGUUGUAGCCAAUGCGACCUACCAAGUGGUUACUGCGGUGGCUGUGGAGUCCUCUUUCUAGUACUGCACUUAGUGGCACAAUAGAAAAUGGAAGAAUCAUAGAAAAUGGGGGACAGCUGUGUUAAACACUUGCAUCAGCAACACAUUUGCACUUUUUUUUUUUUUUUUACCCUCUUUGUGUUGUUGUGCUGGCAGAUGUGACUUAGAGUGCUCUCACGCACGCACGCUAGCCGGGGUCAUCCUCCGAGCACACAUGGCCCGGCAUCACAUGAUUCCACGAAGAGACCACUUACUCAAACAACGGCACAUACCAGUUGUUUUUCUUUUUGCACAGACCUUCCCUCUUCCCACUGAGAUCUUUCCUUUAGGCUCCACCCCUAAGAAGUACAAUCCCCACAGUAGAUCCCUGCUAUCUGUGGGGGUUACCUUCCAAGACCACCCACCAAAAAAACACAAAAUAAUAGACACACCCGUUAAAAGUACUGUUAUUGGUGCUCUCAACCAUAACGGUUUUCAAAGUAUUUUAUAUUCGGUUUUACACAUUUAAAACCCCCAACAGUGUUAGAAAACACAACAAAGCAUCUUCCAGCUGGAAAAUGUUGCGAAAACUGACCUGUGAGAUAGCGCCCUCUGAUGAGUUCAGAGCUGCAGAACUUAUUUUACCAUGCAGGGAGCGCCAUCAAACCACAACAAAAAAUAGUUGGUACAGUCUUCCCUAGUUAAAGGCCUCCUGAAAUGAGAUUUUCUUAUUUAAACGGGGAUAGCAGGUCCAUUUUAUGUGUCAUACUUGAUCAUUUCGCGAUAUUGCCAUAUUUUUGCUGAAAGGAUUUAGUAGAGAACAAAGUUUGCAACUUUUGGUCGCUAAUAAAAAAGCCUUGCCUGUACCGGAAGUAGCAGACGAUGUGCGCGUGACGUCACGCGUGUGAGGGCUCCUCACAUAUGAACAUUGAUUACAAUCAUGGACACCAGGAGCGCGAGCGAUUCUGACCGAGAAAGCGACAAUUUCCCCAUUAAUUGGAGUGAGGAUGAAAGAUUCGUGGAUGAGGAAAGUGAGAGUGAAGGAUUAGAAGAAACAAAAAAAGACAGGGCAUUGGGAGCCAUCCAUCCAUCCAUCCAUUUUCUACCGCUUAUUCCCUUUCGGGGUCGCGGGGGGUGCUGGCGCCUAUCUCAGCUAUUCAGAUGUUAUUAAACACGUUUACUAGGAUAAUUCUGGAAAACCCAUUAUCUGCUUAUUGUGUUACUAGUGUAUUAGUGAGAUUAUAAAGUCAUACCUGAAAGUCGGAGGGGUGUGGUGACCGCCAGUGUCUCUGAGGGAAGCCAUGGAGCAGCCAAGAAAGUCGCAGCUGCCUCUUUGACAGCUGCAGGAGGAACGACACAAGCUCCACUCAUGUUUACGGUAUCAUCAUCAGCCGUUGUCAGUCCACCGCUGGACGAAAGCCUCAGCGUGUUUCUGCCAUUUGGCGUACUUUUCAUGCUGGUUAUUAGCCUACACCUUCCACGCUGGCUUGGUGCGGGUUGGAAGGGGUAUUUUAUAUCAGAGAUCCUUCUCCUGGACUAAUUGCCUUACUGGGCUGUUGAACUUAGUCCGUCCUGUUUGUUGUCCGCGCCCCAUUUACCCAGGGACCCGCUCAGCUUCAUGGCGCUGACCGCCCGCCAGUCACAAGAGAAGGUGUAAACGGUUCUUUGUGUGCAUUUUAUAGACGUUAGUUGGGACUCACUAACCCCACACACAACCUCCCGUCUCAUGCCUGGAUGUAGUUUAACGUCAUACCCAGGACACUCAUACUUACAAACUUAUAUGUUUACGGUAAGAGCCGACUUAUUACCACAAUUUCCUCACCGAAACCUGCUGGUUGACAUGUGGUAGAGAAACAUGUUCGCUUGACCGCUCUGUUCCAUAUUAAGGCUUCACAACAAACUAACAAACACCGACUGUGUUUGUGUUGCUACAGCCGGACGAAAUACACCGCUUUCCACCAACAUCUUUCUUCUUUGACGUCUCCAUUAUUAAUUGAACAAAUUGCAAAAGAUUCAGCAACACAGUUGUCCAGAAUACUGUGUGAUUAUGCGAUUAAAUCGGACGACUUUUAGCCGUGAGUGGUGCUGGGAUAAAAAUGUCCGCUACAACCAAUAACGUCACUAGCACGCGUCAACAUAAGCUUCAUCAUACCGAGACGUUUCCGCAGGAUAUUUCAGCGCGAAAUUUAAAAUUGCAAUUUAGUAAACUAAAAGGGCAGUAUUGGCAUGUGUUGCAAUGUUAAUAUUUCAUCAUUGAUAUAUAAACUAUCAGACUGCGUGGUCGCUAGUAGUGGCUUUCAGUAGGCCUUUAAAACCCCCUAACAGUAUUGUUAGAAAACACAACAAAGCAUCUUCCAGCUGGAAAAUGUUGCGCAAAUUGACCUGUGAGAUAGCGCCCUCUGCUGAGUUCAGAGCUGCAACACUUAUUUUACCAUGCAGGGAGCGCCAUCAAACCACAACAAAAAAAUUGUUGGUACAGUCGUCCCUAGUUAAGUACUUCCUGACAUGAGCGCUGUUAACACAUUUGGAAUCAUUGAUUAUAAAUUGGCCCUGUGAUGAGGUGGCGACUUGUCCAGGGUGUACCCUACCUCCCGCCCAAAUGCAGCUGAGAUCGGCUCCAGCGACCCCAAAAGGGACAAACAGUAAAAAAUGGAUUGAUGGAUGGAUGAUUAUAAAUAUAAUAUUUUCAUUGCAAGAGCUUUAAAGGCCUACUGAAAGCCACUACUACCGACCACGAUAGUUUAUAUAUCAAUGAUGAAAUAUUAACAUUGCAACACAUGCCAAUACGGCCUUUUUAGUUUACUAAAUUACAAUUUUAAAUUUCCUGCAAAGUAUUCUGUUGUAAAUGUCGCGGAAUGAUGACACGUGCUUGUGACGUCACCGGUUAUAGCGGACAUGUUCUUCCAGCCCGAUCCAAGCUAUAAGUAGUCUGCUUUAAUCGCAUAAUUACACAGUAUUCUGGACAUCUGUGUUGCUGAAUCUUUUGCAAUUUGUUCAACUAAUAAUGGAGAAGUCAAAGAAGAAAGAUGUAGGUGGGAAGCGAUGUAUUGCAGCUGCCUUUAGCAACACAAACACAGCCGGUGUUUCCUUGUUUACAUUCCCGAAGGUGAAGGUUUACUAUGGAUCAGAGCGGUCAAGCGAACAUGGUUCCCGACCACAUGUCAACCGGCAGGUUUCGGUGAGAAAAUUAUGCUAAUAAAUCGGCUCUUACCGUAGACAUGAGCGGAGCUUGCGUCCUCCAGCAGCUGCGGACUAUUACCUCCUCACACCGGAGACACUGGCGGGAGGAGAGAAGGGGCGGCAUGGCGUAGUUGGUAGAGCGGCCGUGCCAGAAACCUGAGGGUUGCAGGUUCGCUCCCCGCCUAUUGACAUCCAAAUCGCUGCCGUUGUGUCCUUAGGCAGGACACUUCACCCUUGCCCCCGGUGCCGCUCACACUGGUGAAUGAAUGAUGAACGAAUGAUAGGUGGUGGUCGGAGGGGCCGUAGGCGCAAACUGGCAGCCACGCUUCCGUCAGUCUACCCCAGGGCAGUUGAGGCUACAGAUGUAGCUUACCACCACCAGGUGUGAAUGAAUGAUGGGUUCCCACUUCUCUGUGAGCGCUUUGAGUAUCUAAUAAUAGAAAAGCGCGAUAUAAAUCUAAUUCUUUAUUAUUAUUAUUAUUAUUAUUACCACACCCGUGGCCACACCCCUCUGACUUUCAGGUACCACCAUAUAAUCUCACUAAAACAUUAGUAACACAAUUAGCAGAUAAGGGAUUAUCCAGAAUUAUCCUAGUAAAUGUGUCUAAUAACAUCUGAAUCGCUCCCACUGCCCUCGCCUUUUUUUUCCUUUUUAUUUUUCUAGUCCUUCACUCUCACUAUCCUCAUCUACGAAUCUUUCAUCCUCGCUCAAAUUAAUGGGGAAAUCGUUGCUUUCUCGGUCCGAAGCGCUCUCGCUGCUGCUGUCUGAUUACAAACAAUGUGAGGAUGUGAGGAGCUCUACAACCCGUGACGUCUGCUCUUACCGGAGACUUGUGCGGAGUUAGCGUCUUCCUGCAGCAGCUGUGAUCUUGGCUCUUAAUUUGGCUUCUCUCAGAGACACUGGCGGUCACUGCAGCCCUCCAACUUUCAGGUAUGACUUUAUAAUCUCACUAAAACACUAUUAACACAAUAAGCAGAUAAUGGAUUUUCCAGAAUUAUCCUAGUAAAUGUGUCUAAUAACAUUGAAUCGCUCCCACUGCCGUCGCCUUUUUUCCCCCCUAGUGCUUCACUCUAACUUUCCUCAUCCACGAAUCUUUCAUCCUCGCUCAAAUUAAAGGGGAAAUCGUCGCUAUCUCGGUCCGAAUCGCUCUUGCUGGUGGUGGCUAUGAUUACAAACAAUGUUCAGAUGUGAGGAGCGCCACAACCCGUGACGUCAUGCGGACAUCGUCUGCUACUUCCGGUAAAGGCAAGGCUUUUUUAUUAGUGACCAAAAGUUGCGAACUUUCAUCGUCAAUGUUCUCUACUAAAUCCUUUCAGCAAAAAUAUGGCAAUAUCGCGAAAUGAUCAAGUAUGACACAUACAAUGGACCUCCUAUCCCUGUUUAAAUAAGAACAUCUCAUUUCAGUAGGCCUUUAAAAACUGUUUUUCAACAAUCUGAAAACCCUCGAGAUAUGCAAUAACACCCUUUGAUCACCGUUACAAUUUUAAUUCAAUAUGGUCAUGCUGCUUGAGGCUGAGCCAAUCGGUGGCCGCGAUACUGAACAGCCAUUUUGUUCAAACGUGUAUUCCCUUCUGAUUGGUUUGGUCUCCUGUAGUGGCCGGUACUACUGUAUUUUUGUUUAUUUAGCCAUUUUAAUGCUUAAAAAUGCUUAAUUUAGGCCCAAAAUGUUGUGGUGUAUGCUUUAAAAAUGAUAUUAACACCUCAGCAAUAUGGUAAAGCCGCAAUAUUUGAAGCGUGAUGUGGCGAGGGAUGACUCUAUAUCCUCUUAAAAAGUUUCUAUGAAAACCAAAUUGUACUAAAACCCAAGCAACCUUUUCCAUAAAAAUGCAAAUGCAUUCUAGACACCCAAAGAUAUAAGCACAAAACACAUUUUAUAGAGACCAACUAUAGUUGUAUGCAGACAACAAUGUGAAAUACAUAUAAUUCAACAUUUAGCAUCACUUAUUUUUAUUGAGGACUUGUAGGAGAUGACGUUGAGUGGAGGAAGGGGAACUCUACACUGACCCCAUCUUUGUAUUUCUGUCUUGAAUUCAAUAGUCUUUCUCACCUCCUUUAUCAAAGUGCUGGCACUCGCAACUUUCUUUGGCCCCACGUCCCUCGUAGGUUCUUAACCUGAUAUUUUGGCAUACAAAGUACUUUAUUAUGCUCAAUGUUUGGCCGUUCGAGUAAUUGAGACGGUGUAGAAAAACUGGGACAAAGUAGUGACAAGUCAAAUCAGAGAAAAUAAAUCUGUACGGAUGGGAGGGGAUCGUCUAAAGCAGGGGUGUCCAAACUUUUUCCACUGAGGGCCACACACGGAAAAAUUAAAGCAUGUGGUGGCCAUUUUGAUAUUAUUUAUUUUCAAACCAUAACAAAAUAUAUGUAUUUUUAAAAUGUAUUUUACUUUUAGGGGUCCCGGGUACCAUAAUGGGUCUCAGUUAAUAAAAUGUUAAAAAUAAGUCAAAUUUGUAUUAUUAUUUUUUUAUUUAACGCUUACAGUAAAUCUCUAUAUCAACUUUAAAAAAAAAAAAGGUUUUAUGGCAUUUUGGUCAAAAACAACUUUUUUUUUUUCAUAGCAAAACUGAAAUAUGCAGUAUUUAGUAAUUAGAGCCCUAAAAGAUCAAUAAUGCAGGACACUAUUGAUUUUAAUUAUUUUAUAUUUUUGAGUAAUUACAGUCAAAAGAUAAAUAAAAUACCACUAAGUAUAUUUGGAAUCCAAAAGGUGCCCCACUCAGAAAGUGAUACAUUUUUAUUAUUAUUUUUUUUCAAACUUUCAACACUUAAGUUACGAGAUCAACUUCAGAUAUAUCUGUCAAUUUUACGUUUAAACUAUUAUUUUGUUUGUUUUAUGCUCUUUUGUCAAAGAAAACUUUGUUUUUAUACGGCAACUGCACAAUAUAUUCAAUAUUUACCACAUAAAACAUUUUAAAGUGAAAUAUUUGAACUAAUUGGAGCUUUGAAAAUAAUUUAUUAUAACAUGGAUUUUUUUGUCAUUAUUUUUUUUUUUGAGCAAUGGCAAAAAAAUCCAAAAUAAAGAAAGACAAAAGAUAAAAAAACAGCCUGCAUGGCAGCUUUGUGUCAACAUUGCAACUUUUUCUCGUUAGAUUUCACUUCAUUCCAAUAUUUUUAAAGUUAUUUUUUAUUUUUGCAAUAGCAUUUCCAGACUGUGUGGGGAGCCGGUAAACAAUGAACUGCGGGAUGCAAAUGGCCCCCGGGCCGCACUUUGGACACCCCUGGUCUAAAGAAUAUUUUCACCCUGUAUUGUUGUAUUAUUGUAUGUUUCUUCAGUGGGCAAAGCCUGCAGGACAAAAGCAAACCAGGUCUGCUUUCCAUUAAGCCCACAUGUUGUAGAUUUAGUUGCGUAAGGCUUACAGAAAGAGGAGGAAAAUGGAGGGGGGGAAAAAAGGAAUGAAAAAAUUGGUUGGAUGAGGAGAAAAUGAGAGAAUGCGAUGAAGGAAGAAAGAAAAAGAGUUGGAAGGUGAAGCAAAAGGAUUCUGGUUGUUAUUUCUGUGGAAAAAGAGGCGUAGAGGAAAGAAGAAAAGAAAAAGGGAGGAGCAGCGCUGGCGUUGAGCCACCUGACCUAAAUCAUUCAAAUCUCCACAUUGUUUGUCUUUAGCAGGAGACGACUUCCUCUGACCUCCUUCUUCACUUUGCCUCUUCUGCAUAUUCUCAUCACUUCUCUGCCUUUUGUCUCAACUAAAUACUUGUUUUUAAUCCGGGUUUACCAUCCUUGCGCUUCAUACUUUUUGUUGUUUUUCUCUGAAUGUGAGCGUGUUUUGUACUUGCCAAUAAAAGUCUGAGGUUUUGA